UGUACCAACUACAACAAGACAGAUAACUACCAACAAACACGGCGUCUUGAAGCUCUUGAACUGCUUUGACAUGGAUUGUGAGACACCAUGUUCAUUCAGGUUUGCUGAUGAUAAGAUUAUAGAGUCUACACCGGCAAAGCUGGCUGGUAUAUUUUGCAUGCAGAGGAUUGGAAGCAGAAAGGGUCAGAAGCUGUUAAAGUACUAUUGUCCUAGUGAUUUGACUGACAAUGUUUUAUACAGCAAAUACUUCACCGAUAUCAAAUCUACAAAGCAUCAGACGACGGUGACUAAGACGAACAUUUUAGAGAAGAUAAAACAACUUAUGGCAAAAAGGAGAAAAAGUGGGAAAAGAAAGAAAGUUGAUGAAAAGGAUCUAGUUUGCCUGAUAGGUCUUUAUCUUUGCUGUGUAUUGUUUUUUGGCGACAAAAAUGCCAAUGGAGUGAACGCGAAAUAUCUUAGUAUCGUUGAAACUUAUGAUACGGUGCUCAAGGUGUCGUGGCCUGAUUUAAUACACGAGCACUUGUUUGAAGAGAUUCAUACUAAUCUUAGUUGUUUGUCAAAUGUGAAGGCUUGUGUGCAAUACCUACUGUUAUUGUUUGCUGAACACACGCCAGCAGGAUUAAUCCCGAAAGUUGAGAACCACGAGGAAGAUAUCCCGAGGGUUGGGAGAUGGGAUAUAUACCAGAUUUCUGAUUACAUUUGA